UGAGUUACGUCAAUCCGAUCUGUAUAAAAGGGCUGGAGAGACUCCCGCGGAGCUGCUCCAGAGACAACACUCAACCGAGAAGGCAGUUACACAGAGCAGCUAGGAAAGGUACAGGUACAUGGGAACGAUGAAGCUAAAGCUGGCUGCAGGGUGUGCGUUUGUCCUGUUCUCCAUCGUGUCCUGCCACAAGCACAUGUGUCUUUACGGAAAGGACCACAGGAAAUACCCCACAGCUGAUCCCAACAUGAAGGAAUGCACAAUCUACUCCAACUCAUCCUGUUGCUAUGGAAACUUCACAGAGCAGCUGGUCUCCCCCGUGUUGACAGUGGACAACACGCACUGGGACCGGUGUGGAAAGCUGAGUGAGAAGUGUGAGGUGUUCAUGAAGAAGAUCGAAUGUUUCUACCAGUGCUCACCCCAUGCAGCUCACUGGAUCAACCCCAACUACACAGCUGGCAUUUUGCUGGCCCCUCUCUGCUUGAAUUUCUGCGACAACUGGUUUGAGGCAUGCAAGGGCGACCUUACCUGUGCUAGAAACUGGCUUACAGACUUUGACUGGAACCAUGAUGGAAACCACUGUAGGAAUAGCUGUAUCCCGUACAGCCAGAUGUACAAGAAUGGGCGAGACUUGUGUCAGAGCAUGUGGGGCCAGUCGUUCAUGGUGAGCGAGUCUCCCUGCCGCUGCCUACGACUGGACGGUAGGGACGAGGUGGUGAUGAAGUACCUGCUGCCAGACAAGGACUCUGACAGCAGCACCAGUGAAGAGGUCCACGGAGACGAGCGGUCCUGCCAGCUGGAGGGACUGGGGGCAGUGGUUGGAGAGGAGAAAGCAGGGGAUGAGUCAGUGGAACUAAAGCACAAAUGAACUGACCUGAACUAAAUUAACAAGGACUGGACAUUCACUUUCUCUGGAGAUGAUUCCAUUUCUAUAUUCUGUUCACUUGCCACUUGUUAAAAUAAAAUCAAAUAAAACAAA